AAAGACAAUGAUAUUUUUGAUAAUCCUGCAAUGGAAGCAAUUAUAGAUUUUAGAUGGCGACCAGAUUUUUACAAAUAUUUCUUAUGGUUCUUAAUUGCUGUAAUAACGUGUUUUUAUUAUUUGGUUUAUAAUUUAAUAGAUGUCGAAGUUUUUCAGGCAUUUCAUCGUGAUUUCAGAGAAUUUUUAAAUGUUAGUA